GUCGGCCGCUGCGCGCCUCCGCCGGGGCGUGGCGACGCCGCCAUGGCCGGGGGCGCUGCGCGGGCCGCGCCGGGGAGGGGCCGGCGCUCCGGCCGCGGCGGCUGCUCCGCGUAGGGCCCGGCUCCCCCGCGCCGCGGCCUGGCCCGGCCCGGCCCGGCCCGGCCCGGCCCGCAGCCAUCUUGACACUAUGUGGAAAUGGAGUAGUGGAGAUGAUUCUCCUUCAAAACCAGUCGCUGCUGGCUCAGAGCACGCGAGCGGCAUGUCGGUGGCUGAUCUCACUGAGCAGCUGAUGAGGACUGAGCAGCUGGUAGCCCAGCUAAAGGAACUCGUCAGGGAGAAGGAUGUGGAGCUUCGCAAUAAAGACCGGCAGUUAAAGGAGGAAAAGGAAUCUGCCGAUGCCAAACUUUCCAAAGUAAAGCUGCAAAACAAAGCCAAGGUUGCAUCUUUAACCUCACAAUUGGAAGAACUUAAGAAACAGUUAUCAGCAUCAGGAGGCCUAGAGGCAAAAGCAGAACAAAAAAAAGCAUCAAGAGAUGGCGACCAGGAAAAUGCUGCUGCAAAUCGUGGGAAAAUAUUAGUGCUGAGAAGGAGAAUUGAAGAACUAGAAUCUCAGAUCAUACAAAAAAAUGAAGAGUUGCAAAAAAAGAAUGCUGAGUUGGAGGCCCAGCGCUGUCGAGGGGCUGAAAUGGAUGCCAUGCUAGCAGAAAAGGAAAAGAAGUUAGCUGAAAGAGAUGCCUAUAUCAUUGAUUUACAGAUAGCCUGUGGAUCAGGUGGUGUUGCCAGUGAAAUAUUCUUGCCCAAUGAAGAACUGAAGAAUCAGCUGUCCAUGAAAGAAUCAUCACUGCAAAGCAUGCAGAUUCUGGUUCAGAAUCUUACCAAGAAGGUUGGAGACAAUGAAGAAAAGUGUAGCUUGUUCCAGGAACAGAUUGAGAGUCUUAAAAAUAUUCAGAAUAAAGAAAGAGAGCGUUUCCAAGAAAGAGAAGCUACAUAUAUGGAAAAUGUUCGUAUGUUUCAAAAUAUUAUCCAGGAAAAGGAAAAGGAACUGGAAACACAGAGAGAAAAGCAUGAGCAGGAGCUCUUUAAAUUAGCUGCUAAAUCUGAUGCAAGUGCUGACCUAGAACAGCUACUAAAGGCCUUGAAACAGAAGCUUCAUGAAAAGGAAGAAGUCAUGCUGGGAAGGACACAAGUCAUAGACAUGUUACAAAAAGAACUGGAUGCCAAAGACCAGCAAUUGAAAGAGGUUAAUGAAAACCUGAAACGUCUUCUGUCUGAAAAAGAAAACCUCCAGUCUAAACUGGAUGCUGAGAAACAUGUAAUGAGAGCCCAGUUAAGAGACAUGAUGGAGAAACAUGAGCUUGAAAUGACAAAAGUUCGGGAGAAAUAUAAUGCUGAACUGCAUGAAAUUCAAGAGAAACAUGAAACUGAGCUGCAAGAGAAAGAUCAGGCCCUGUUUCAGCUUAAGAAACAAGUGGCAGAAUUAAGUGGUAAUGGACAGAAUAACUCAAAAGAAGUUAGACAUCUGGAGUCUGUAACCAAAGAAAAGAUGGAAGAAUUAGAAGUACAAGUGAAAUUGAAAACAGAAGAAGCCAGCAAAUCUGAAGCUAAGUUUCUGAAAAUGAAGGCUUGGUCUAAAUCAAGAAUCAAACAACUGGAGGAUGAACUGAAAAAUUUUUCAUCAAAGAAUAAUGACAUAUCUGCCUUAAACAAUCGUGUCUCAGAAUUAGAAAGUGAAAAGGAAGAACUACAGUCAAAACUUCAGUCAUUACAUGAAAUCAGAACUCAAAAUGAAGAAUUGUUGACUAAGCUGGAAGUCUAUGAAGAGCAGCAAAGGAAGUUGCAAGCUGAUCUUGACCAAGUUACAAAGAGAGCUCCUUCACAGGCCAGUGAAUCAGGUAGUGUGGAUGAAUUGCAGAGUCAGCUGUUGGAAUGGCAAGAGAUUGUACCAGAGUCAGAGGAGUCCCCUGAUCAAGUCAGAGAAGUUAAGUCUGCUAUGGCCUUGAGAAUGGCUCAGAUUGAAGAGGAGAGAGAAGCCAUAGUCUCAGGGCAACAGGAGCUGGAGGAGGAACUGACCACAGUUCAAGGAAUUGGCAGGCUACACCAGGGAAGAAGAAAAAGCAACCAGACCAGCAGGAAGCUUCAGGAAGAAUACAGCUUUGAUAGAAAACAAUGCUUUCCAGAGUUGAAUGUCACCUUGGAUAGCACUGAUUCAGCUGAAGGAGAAAACAUGGGAGGUUGGUGGCCAGAGUACACUUCACCUAAUGCAGGUUUGCGGACUGUAGUUGAAGAGUUGGAAUUGGAAAGAAAUCAACUGCAGGAACAAAUUCUGUGUCUAGAAGAGCGUUGUCAGGAUUUGGAAGAUAGAUUGCAGCUUCAAGGUAGAAUGGAAGCUCUUCAGAAUGAAAAUGAACGUUUGCAAACUCAGCUUGCCCAAUUACGUAACCAGCAAAUGCGAGAUGCCGAAAAGCAUCAAAUUCUAAUCUCUGGUUUGAAUGAGCAGCUGAAAGGAUUAAAUGACAGAAAUAGCUUUCUUGAAACUUCUCUUGGGGAAAGAGAACAAAAACUGUUGAGCACGACAGAAAAACUAGAGCAAAUCGAAACUUUGAGGAAACUGCUUCAAGAAAAGGAUCUUCUGAACAAAGAGCUUGGUGAAAAGUUGGUGCAUACUGAACAAAAACUCAAUGAAGUCUUAAAGAAAUGCAGUGCAUAUGAAGUGGAGAACACUGAGCAGAAAACAGCCAUCAGUGACCUGACAGGAAAAGUUGCUGCUCUGAAGGAAAAGGCUUUGAAACAAGAUGAUGUGGUAGAAUUGAUGCAGCUGGAUCUGGACCAGACAAAUGAAGAGCUUGACAAAUUGAAUAUGAGCCAUUUAGAGGAAAGAUCUCAACUUAUUCAAGAUCUCCAGAGACGUGAAAGAGAAAUUGAUAAUCUUAAGGAGACACUGGCAGAAAAAGACAGGGAAAUGUCUGUCCUGUCUUUGAAUAUGACAGAAUAUUCUGAACAGGUUAUCAUCCUGAAGCGUGAGGUACAAUGCAAAGAGGAAGAAAUACAAGGGAUGGAAGAAGCUUUAUUAAAGGCUGAAAGGGAAGCUCACUUGCUGAAAGAAGUACAAACAGCUGAUGUAAGAGAUGCAAGCGUAAAGAUAUCUGUCCUUUCCGAGCAGAGUAAUACAAUGGGACGGGAGCUAGAAAGAGUUAGAAUUGAGAAUGAAGCUAAAGCCAAAGAAAAUGAGGAACUAAUAAAACAAAUCAGUGAGAACAGCAUUACUAUUAAGGAUCUCCGUUCUGAAAUCAAGGCCAGUAAAGUCACGUACCAUAACAAGCUUAUGGAGUGUGAGUCACAGAUUACUUUGCUGAAAGAACAAAUUAGUAAAUUGUCUGAAAAGCUACAACAAACUGAGAACAAACAAAGAAAAGAAGCUGAAUAUUUGAAAACUCAGCUUGAGGAAAAUAAUACUCUGAAGGAAAAAUGGAAUAGUUUGCUUAAAGAGAAAGAGAGUAAGGAACAGACACUUGAAAAUGAGUUAAAAACAGUUAAAGAUUCAUAUAACAAGCUAGUUUUGGAAGAUGCUAGAAAAGAUGAAGAAUUCACUAAGUUAUCUAGACAGCUUACAGAACAUACCGAACAUCAGAAAACAAUUGAAAAAGAUUUACAAGAGAAACAAGAGAUCAUUAUUUCACUAGAGCAGAAGCUUGGGUUGUUGGAGCAGGAAAGUGAAGAGACUAAGUUUAAAUUAAUGGGAGAUCUGAAAGCCAAGGAGACAUGUUGCAAAGAACUUAAUAACCAAUUAAGUGAAAUACAUAAACAAGUUAACAAGCUGGAAAUGGUGACACAAGAAAAAGCUUCAGCUAAUAAGCAAUUACAGGCAGAUCUUGAGGGGAAAGAAGAAAAACUGGCAGAGCAAAUAAACACAAAUGAAGGUCUGAAAAAAAGUAUAAAUAUGAUGGAAAAAGAGAAGCAGCAGCUUAUCAGUGAAAAUGAGAGUUUGUCCAAACUACUGGAUAUAAAAGAGCGUGAGUUGUUAGAGAAAAUCCAGACUGUGGCAGAAACAGAGAAUAAGUUAUCUGUUAGCAGUACUGAGUACCAAAAAACUCUUUCAGCACUAAGUUGUGAUAAAGACAAGCUGAUAAAAGAGAUUGAACAACUUUCAAUACUUGCCGAGCAAAAAGAAAAUUCAGUUGCAGAGCAGCUGCAGAAGAAAACAAAGGAGUGUAAUAUGCUAGCCGAUCAGUUGUUUGAAAGCAAGGAACAGGCACAACAGUUGCAUGGACAAAUUCAAUCACUCCUCAUUCAGCUGAAGGAUACUAGAGACAAAGAAAUAAAUAAAGAAGAGAUGUUAAAUAGUAAGUUAUCUGAAUGCAGUACCCUAACACAAGAGCUCAGCCGCAGUGAGGAAAAGAAUUUACUACUGGAGAAACAAAUUCAAAGUAUAACUUUGGAUUAUGAAGCUAAGAACAGGUCUCUAGAAGAAGUUGUCCUUCAGAAUAAUUCAUUACAUAAGGAAAUGGAAGAGAAUAAACUUUCUAUUUUAAAGUUGCAGGAUGAAAUUAAAAAUCUGAACGAUCAAAACACAAAGUUGUCUCAGUACAUAGAAGAAAGAGACUUGACUGUAAGAAGUCAAGGUUCAGAACUUGAGAUGUUUCAUAAGCAAGUUUCUGAAAAAAUGGAGGAAAGUACAGUGUUAAAAAAUCAGUUACAGUUACUAGGCAAAGAAGUGGAGGUGUUUAAGUGUGCAAAGGAGGACCUUUCAAGUUUAUUGAGUGAGAAGUCACAUGAAUGUGAAGCUCUUCAGUCACAGCUGGUACAGCACCAGUCUGAAAUUAUUUCAGCAAGGCAGCAAGUACAUACAACAACUGCAGAAAAUGAAAAAUUGAAAGCAGACAUUGAAACAGUUAAUGCUACGGUAAUGAAAAAGUCAGAUGAAAUAGCUGCUUUAAGUUCACACUUGUCCCAACAAAGUCAUAAUAUUUUAGCUUUGAAGGACCAAAUUGAUGGCCUAAUAAUUGAAAAAGAAAAGUUAAAAGCUGUCCUUGAAGAAAAAGAAACUCUUGUUUCUCUGAAGGAGGUUUUGAUUCAGCAAAUGAAAGACAGUAAAAUGGCAGGAGAAGUGCAAUAUUUGCAAAUUGUUUCAGAUCUGCAAAACCAAAUACAAGCCCUGGGUUUUGAAACCAGCCAGCUUAGACAAGCAGUGCAGGAGAAAGAAAAUGAAUUUAAGAAGCAAGCCCAAGAAUUAAAGUUAUUUAAAGAUAAAUCUGAAGAGUCUGAUGUACUUAGGGUUCAACUGUCUGAGAAUAUGGAGGUUAUUUCUGACCUUCAGUAUCAGCUUCGAAAUGUGACAGAAAAAACAGCCCAAUUGAAUGAUUCAAUUAUACAGAAGGAUGAAUCUUUAAAACAAAAGUUAGAUGAAUACGUCAGUUUGAAAGCACAUCUUUCUGAAAUACAGGCAUCUUCCGUUACACAGCAGAAACAGUUAGAGCUUUUAACCUCUGAAGCAGAACAAUUAAAAGUGCUUGUUUCAGAAAAAGAGUUGACUGUCAGUAAUAUUUCAUUAUUCAGUGAGAAGUUAAAGAUGCAACUUCAAGAAAAAGAGAAUGAAUGUGAGGUCUUAAAGAAACAGGUUGUGGAGCUGGAGGGAGUGAAAAUGAAUCUACAAAAAGAAAUACAAGAUCAGAAAAGUGAAAUAAUUGAGAUCAGCCAGUCCUUAUUAGAAAAGGAAUCUUCACUUAUGGAAAAUAAAAGUCUCCUCAAAACUCUGAAUGAGAAAGCAAGCAAAGAUGAAGAGAAAAUAAAUUCAAUUUCUCAGCUUCACAGUCGGAUACAUGAACUAACACAACAACUACAAAAAUCAAAAGAAUUAGUCCAUGAGAAAGAAGAUGCCUUUUUAUCUCUUCAGGAAAAAGUUGCAGCACAGUAUGAACAAAGAACUGAACUUAAUGCAGCUCUUAGUGAAAAAGAAGAGGUUAUUACUGGACUACUAAAUUCUUUAAAGGAAAAAGAUACCAGUAUACAGUUGGCAGAUAGCAACAUUAAUAUUCUUUCUAGUGAGAUUGAGGUUCUCAGAGAAGAAUUAGAGAAAAGUGGUACAGCCAUGAAAAACCUUACUAAGGAAUUUCAGGAAAAGACUGAAAACUUUGAUAUGAAUCAGAAGAAAAUUGAUUCUUUGACAGUUGAACUUGAUUAUAUAAAAAACGAGCACCAAAAAGCACUAGACCAACUAACUACAGGGAAACAAGAUUUACAGCAAAAAGAAUUAGCUGUGGAGUCUCUGCAUGUGAAGUGCACUGAACAGGCUGAAAAUAUAGAACGUUUAAAGUUAGAGUUGAACUAUGUAAAUUCCAAAUCAUCUCAAGACUGCCAUGACCAGGCACUUCUAAUAGCUAGUCUGCAGCACCAGUUAGAGUCUUUAGAGAAAGAAAAAAAGCUGUUGCAAGAAGGUGCUGACAAACUGACAGUUGAAAACACACAACUCAUUGCAUCCCAAGAUCAUUUACAAAAGAAAUUGGAAGAGCUCCAAGAAAUUAAUGAAAAGCUAGAAACGAGUGAGAGUUAUUCAAGAAUGCAGAUAGAUGCUGUCAAGCUGCAGAUGAAGACAGAAAAAGAGAAGUUACAGAUGCAGGUUAGUGUGAAGGGUGAAGAACUCUCUAAAUUAGAACUUAAAUUUGAAACUCUAGAACAAAGUCUACUUGAGUCAGAGAACAAAUGGGUGACAGAUCUUGAUAGGGCAACUUUACAAAAUAAUAGUCUUACUGAGCAAUUGAGCAGUUUAGAAAGUGAAAUGAAAUCAAAGGAUAGUAAAAUUGAGUCUUUACAGCAAGAGCUGGAUCUUAUAAAAAAGGAAUUAACUCAAAGUUUAUCUGCGUUAUUUAGUAGUAGCCUUUUAUGUACAGAAAAGAAUGCACAGACUUCAGAUUCCACACUGCAGCUAACUGAUACUAAAAUUCAGUUGGAAAACUUCUCCGCCGUGAUAACCACUAUUUUGAGCAAAGCAACAGAAGGAGAACAAUUGCAACUGAUUCUUUCAGAAAAACAGAAAGAAAUGGAUGUCAUAAAAAAUGAAUUAAAAAAUAUGUGGUCACUCGAAAACCAGAAGGAUUUGCUGCAGAAUGAUAUUGAAAAGAUUAAGUGUACCUACAAAUCUGAAAUUGAAUGUCUGUCAAAAGAAGUAGUCACUGUUAAGGAAACCUUAUGUAAACAACAGUCUCUUUUGCAAGAAAGAGAAGAAUCAUUUGCAGAAGUGAAUAAGCAGGUUGAAUUUCUUCAGGAGAAGAUAAAUAAAUCAGAAGAAAUAGUUAGAACCAGCCAAGAAAAACUGAAUGUUGAAGGUAAAAAAGUAGCAAGUCUCCUAGAAGAAAUGGGAAAAAAAGACCAACUCAUAGAAAACUUAACUUCCCAGGUAAAUCAGCAAAAGGAUUUAAUUUUUGGUCUAAGUCAGCAAGUGAAAGAAAAGGACUGUUCUGUUACCGAGGUCAUGGAAUCGUUGUCUAAUGAAAUGUUGAAGUUUUCUGAAGAGAGAAAUAUGUUAAAUGCCAAAUUGCACGAUCUUGAAGCUGUUCGUAAUAGUUCUGUAGGAGAACUAAAUCGAGUAUUGCAGGAACUUGAGCAUUGUAAGAAAGAACUGGAGCAUAGUCAGGUUGCAUUAAGCAGUAGAGAAGCUGUGUUUAAAGAAGUAAUGAAUGAAAAAGAGGAGAUGCAGUUUAAUCUUGAGAAAAUUGGCAAGGAAAAAGAGAACCUGAAAAAGAAACUUCAAGCAGCGUUGAUAAUAAGAAAAGAUCUAAUGCAAAAAGUUGGAAAGCUAGAAAAGAGUGGACAGGAAGAAAUAGAAAAAGAGCAAAAGAAAGCAGAGGAGUUGUUGAAGAAAGUUAAUGAAUUAACAGACAAGCUAAAAUUUGCUGAAGUGCAAAAUAAAGAUUUAGAGUCUCAUCUUGGAACUUUGAAGCAACAACUUUUAGACAAAGAUGCCAAAAUAAGUAAUCUGAAUGAAAUUUUGUCUGCAAAAGCCUCCUAUUUAGAGGAACUUCAGGACAGUGUUGCAGAACUGAGAGAGGUCAUUACUGAAAAACAAAAUAUAUGUGAUCAGAACCUCAAAUCCUUAGAGGAAAAAGACUGUAUACUUGCACAUAUGCAAUCUAUGCUUGAUGAAAGGGCAAGUUCCUAUGAAGAGGAACGUUUUGAACUUUUGCUGGCUCUGGAAAAUGCUAAGUCUGAAAUUACAAAGAAGGAAGAAUUGUUGAAAAAUUCUAGUUCUGACAAGGCUGAUGUAAGUGCCGGGGACAGGAAGAAGUCUCUGGACCAUUGCAACGAAAUUAGUGUAAUGAAUCAAUUAGAAAAAGAAAAACAAGCCUUACAGAGAGAACUUUUGGUCAGCAAAGCAGAUAUAAAAGAAAUUCAGAAAGAAAGGGAAGAGCACACUAAACUUGCAACAGAUUUUGAUGAACAGAAGAAACAGCUUGAGCAUCUCAAACAGGAACAUAAGGCACUCUGUAAAGUUCUUCAGAGGAAAUGUAAAGAAUUUGACUUCAAUCAGUUACAGAUGUGUCCUCCAGAGGAAGAGCUGGCUUCAUGUAAGGCAGUGCUGGACGAAGAGGAAACUGACCUGAGGAAUUUGGAAUCAAACAAACUAAGAAGUAAGGUUCAGGAUGCAUCCUUAAAAGAGUCAGAAAACUUAACAAUUUUAAUGGCAAGUAAAGACAUUGAGUUAGAAGAACUAAGAUGUAAUUAUGCAAAACUUCAGGAAGAAACAGAAGUGUUGAAGAAAGAGCUGAGAAAGGUAUCGGUUGAAUUUGGUGACAGAAGAGAAGAAAUGGUCAACUUCAACUCUGUGAGACAGCAGGAGCAGGACCAGGAGCAACAUAAAGGCAGCAUGUUGGAGGAGAUAAGUCAGCUACAGAAAAAGCUGAAAACGUAUGAGACUGAAGCUAUAGACAUUAAGAUGGUACUUGAACAUGUGAAUAAUGAAAAAGAAGCACUUAUUAAAAAGAAUGAAGAGGAUAACAAGAUGAGCCAGGAGAAACUGGAAAGACUGAGAAAGGAAGCUAAGAAAGAGGUUGCAGAAAAAAACGAGGAAAUAGAGGCAUUGCGUUGUUCGUUUGUGGAUUUCAAAGAUAAGCUUGAUCAGGAGAAGGAAGAAUUGAAAGAAGCUGUAAAGGAAGGCCAAGAAGCAGCCCGCCAUUACAAAACAGCAUUUGAAGAAAUGAAGAGUGAGAAAGAGGAAAUUACCAGUCGUUUAGAAAAGUCCAAUUUGGAGCUAAUUAAUAUGAAAAGGGAGGUAAAACAUUUCAGUGAAGAAAACAAAAAGCUAUUGACAGAGCUACGGAUGCUACAUGAAAAGGCUGAGAUAAGCAAUCCUGUGAUAUCAUGCAAAGAAUUUAGGGAAGAAAAUGAUACUGAAAAGAAAUUGGGACAGUUUUGUUCAGAAAUUAAUUUGCUUCAAGGAAAGUUACAGGAUAAAGGCUCCUGUUUUCAGUUCUCGGAGACUGAUUACUCCAGAAAAACUAAACUAAAAGAAGCCGCAGAAUAUGAAAUCCAGAAACAAAUGCAAAUGGUUGAAGAGCCACUGGUAAAACCUGCAAGUGUAAAUGACUCUAAACCACAAGAACAAAGAACUACAGCAGAAGAAAAGUCCAGAGAGCGCCUUCAGAGAAAGUUACAAGCAGCUUUAAUAUCACGUAAGGAAGCCCUGAGAGAAAACAAAUGUCUAAAAGACCAGAUUGAUAAACUGCUUUUGGAAAGAGAAGAACUGGUGAACAAGACAGGUACGCUUGAACAUUUGGUGUCAGAGCUUGGUAGAGAAAAGCAAAGUUCAAAUGCCAUUUCUCCAUUGUAUGAAGAGGAGAGCCUUGCUUCUGAAAAUGCUAGACUUUUGACUGAAAAUGAAAACCUGACUGCUGCAUGUGAUAGUCUUAAGUCUACCAUGGAGACUAUAGUUCAGGAAAAAGAGGCCUUUUCUUUCCAACUAAACACUUUAAAAGAUUCUCAGACAGUUGAAUUAACAGGUUGGAAGGCUAAACAUAGUGAAUUAAAGCAAGAGUAUGAAUCACUUCUUCAGGCAUAUGAGAAUAUCAGUAGUAAAAUAGCAGAUAUGAGGCAAGUUAUUGACCUCACUAGAAAAGAGAAGCAAGAGGCGAUUCAAAGACUCAGAGAAGGAGAAUCUGAGAAGGAGGUACUUAAGGAGCAUUUUCAAAAGCUCAUUGAUGAAAAUGAAGUUAUAAAGAACCAACUGAAACAACUCAGCGAAUCCAAAAAAUUGGAAGUUGAUGAAUUACAGAGUAAAGCAAAAAGGCAAAUACGAGAGCAAGAGGCAAGGAUGGAAGAACAUCAGGAUCGUCUUCAUGAACUCACUCAUCAGAAUCAUCAGCUAAUGGAGGAAAAUGAGCAGCUGAAACAAACUUCUGAAAAUUUAAAGCAGGCUUUAGAGAAAAUUCAGAGUGAAAAUGACAUCCUCCAUAAUGAUAUCACUGUAACUAAAGCAACUUUGGGAGAUCUCCAAGUUCAAAUGGAGUUGUACCAAAAUGAUAUGCAAUCUAAAAUCAGUGAUGCAUUAUAUGAGAAUGAAUCAUUAUUAAAGGACAUUAAUCUGUUAAAGGAUAAACUUUCUGAAAAAGAACAGGAUGUGCUUGUUCUAGAACAAGGAAGAAAACUAAUUUCAGAAAAAUUAAAAGAAACUGAAAAAUCUUUGGAGCAUAAAAAUAAUUGUUUCACAAAGCUAGACACAGAAUGUAGAAGUCUUACACAAGAAAUUGUUAGUCUGAAUGAAAAAGUUAAGAUUUUAGAAGAUGAUAAAUGUCUGUUACAGGAAGAAUUAGAAAAUGUACAAGAAAGUUCUUACAAAGUAAAGAAUGAGAGAGAAUUUCUUGAGACAGAGUUGCUGAACCACGUUAAAAAAGUUGAUCAUCUUACUGAUAGAAUGAAAUCAGCACAGGUGCAGAAUAACUUACUGUUAGAGCAACUGGAAGAAUUAAAGGCAGAAAAAUGUAACGUGAUUAGAGAAAAAGAAGAACAGCAGUUGCAUCUUGUAAAAGUGUUUGAGGAGAAAGUGAAAUGUGCUCAGAGAGAUAAUAGUGGAACUAAAACCAAAACAAAAGAAUUACAAGAACUCUUAAAGGAGAAACAGCAGGAAAUCAACCAUUUGCAAAAAGAUUCAAUAAAGCUCCAGGGGCUGAUCCUGGACUUGGAAAGAUCUGUCAAACUAUCACAGUCAAAAAGUGAAAAAUUUGAAAAGGACUUAAGUAAUACAUCAGAAAAGCUUGCCAAAUCAAAUGAAGAAAUACAUCAUCUCAAUGAAAAGCUUUCUUCACAGAUGAGCGUGUUGGAUAAGUCAAAGAAUGAACUGGACAGGCUUACAGCUGAGAAUCUAAAUUGGAGAAAAGAACUUAAGAAGAAAGAAGACCAACUACAAAUCCAAAAGAGAGAAUAUGAGAGAGACUUGGAACGUAAUCUUCAACAAUUAAAAUCAGUUCACAAAAGAGAAUGGUUGAACCUAGAGGAAAGACACAGUGCCCUUCAGCGAGAAAAAGAUAGGGCAGUUAGUGAGAUUUGCGAAUUGCAAGAGGAGGUAAGCAGCAAGGACUCACAAAACAGGAAACUUCAAGCAGAUCUGAAUGCAACUUUGGCCCGAUUAGCUGCUUUUACAAAGUGUAUGUCUUCUCUUCAAAAUGACCGGGACAGGGUAAUCGGUGAAAUGAAAAACUGGGAAAUACAGUUCAAGGAGGCCAUUCAAAGUAAAGAGAAACAGAUAGAAGACAGUAAUAAAAAAAUCUUGUCUUUACAAGAUGAACUGAAAGACAAAAUGGCUGAAAUUCAAGAACUGAAUAUCAAAUAUUCUGUGGCAGAGGAAACAAAGGAUGAACUGUAUCUGAGGCAAAAAUCUGUUGAUACACAACGCUAUGAAGAGCUCUGCCGAAUAAAGGAAGAAAAUGUGCUUUUUCUCAACAGGCAGCAGGAGCUGGAGAGUGUUCUUCAGUCAAAAGAAGAAGCUUUGCAAGCACUCCUUAAAGAAAAUAAUUCUCUUAAUCACCUCAUAGAGAACAGUAGAAGUGCAGGAAAAGAGAUAAAAGUCCUGGAAAGUAAUUUUAGUAGGAAAGAGCAAGAAUUGCAACAACUUUUAGCUGAAAAGGAAAAGACUCAUGCUGAAUUGGAAAAGCAAAUUGCCAUUUCUGAACAAAUGAAAAUAAUGUUAAAUAAUAAAGAUAAAGAAAUUUCCCUACUCAUUUCUUCAAAAGGUGAUGAAAUUUCUGACUAUCUGAUUCAGGUACAGACUCAACAUAGAAAACAGAUCAAAGAAUAUGAACUUCAGUUACAGUCCUUGCAGACAGAGAGACAACAACGUGAGGAAUCCUGUCAGAGGAUGGAAAGUGAACUGAGAUGUCUCCAGAUGAAAGCAGACAAAGCAGGUCAAGAUAAAGCUGCAAUUGCCAGUGAAAUAGAUGCCUUUAAAAAAUCAAUGUCAUCUCUUCAGAAUGACAGGGAUGAUCUUUUUUCUAAGUACAAAGAGCUGGAACAUCUUCACCAAAAUGUUUUAAAUCAGAGAGACAGUCUCAUAAUUGGCAAUGAAAGUGAAAACAGUGCUCUGAAACAAGAGCUAAGGAUACUUCUUAAUCAGAUAGACGAUCUUCAUUCUGAAAAUGCAAUGUUAAGUGCACAGCUGAUAAAGUAUAGGGAAGAUCUUAACCAAGUCUUAUCUUUGAAAGAGCAUCAGCUGAAAGACUCACUUAAGCAAAAAUUGGAUUCUAUUAAAAACCUUGAACAAGAAAAAUACAGUCUUCAAAAACAAAUAAAAGAAAUGCAACUGACCAAUGAACUGCAGAAGGAUACUGCUGUAUCUUUGGAACAUGAGAAUAAGAAAUUAAUAUCUAAAGUAAAAGACUUAGAAUCUUUAAUUGCAUCAUUAAACAAAGAGAAGCUUGUUUCUGAAUCUGGAGAGAAACUGCUCUCUAGUGACAGUGUUCAGAAAAAGGAAUGUGUAUCCAGUGAACAAUGUGAAGAAAAACUUCAGAAGAGGAUUCAGGAAGUCCAGAAAUCAGUAGGCAAAAAUAAUAAUGGUGCAGAUGAGAAAUACAAUAAAACUGUUUUGACAUGUGAACACAGAGCUGAAGCUGAUGCUUCUGCACAGAAGAUGAUAUUAGAAAUUCAAUUUCAGAACAGAGAACUAAGAUCCCAAAAUGAGGCCUUUGGGAAAGCAAUGACUGCUCUGCAGAAUGAUAGAGAGAGGAUAAUAGAGGACUUCAAGGUACUUCAGAGCAAAUAUGCAUCUGAACUCAAAUCUGAAAAAAAGAAGGGAGAUGAACUUAAAGCUGAAUUGGACAGCUUUAAAUUGCAGCUUAUCAGUGUACUCAAAGAAAAUGCUCAUCUGAAUCAGGUGCUUUCUGAUGCUGCAAAUAGGGUCACACUUGAUCAAAUUGCUGAAGAAAUUGAAAAUCUGUGUAAGACGUUAGCCAGCCGUGAGUUGGAGAUUAGUAGGCUCUCAUCUGAACAUGGAAAUUUUGUUCACCAGAUUGAAGCAUUUUCCAAGGCUAUGGCCAGUCUUCAGGAUGACCGAGACAAAUUGCUGCAGGAACUCUGCGAACAGAAGCUAGCUUCUGAAACUGAACAGGGCACGGCUUCAUUUGCCAUUGCUUGCAACAGCACCAAUGAGAUAAAUUCUCUUAAAAGUACUUUGGAUACUCCUCAGAUCGAUAGGGGAAGAUUGGCUAAAGAAGGAGCCAGCCUUGCAGCCAUUGAGAUAUCAAAACUGAAGACCAAGGUUGAUGAUUUGGAGAGAGCAUUGCAUCAGACAAAGGCCUUCCAAGCAGAAACUGAGAGAGAGAUCGCAUCAUACCAGAAUGAGCUUGCUGGAUUAAGAAUGGAAAAAAACCUCCUCCUCUCAGAGUCCCAGGCACUGCGAAAUCAAUGUGAGAUCACAGUUGCUGAGAAAGACGAACAGAUUGCAGAACUACAGAAGCUGCAACAAGACAUGAUUGUUAAGAAAUCAGUCUCCGAUGGGAGCAAUUACCCAGUCAAGAUUUUAGAAACUGCCUCCCUUGCUGGAAGUGCAGAUGUUCCUGAGGAAAUCAAGCAUGUUUUAGCUGAGAAGAAUCAGCUUCAAAAUGAACUGCAGCGUUGUCUUCAGGAGAUACACCAGAAGGAUCUUCAUUUUCAGCAGAUUAAUUCAAAGGUUGUGCAGUCAGCAGAAGAGAAUGCCAUCUUGUCUGCUCAGUUGAAGACUAUGUCUCAGACUCUAAGGGAUAACCAAGUUCGUUACACUGAUUUACAAAAUCGUUAUUUAAGACUGGAGAGGGAAUAUCAGACAAUGCAAGUGACAUCCUUUCAAGGCACUGUUCAGGAUGAAGCUAGAACAGAAGUUCCCCCAGGAGCACCGCAGGAACGAUCUGCAGUUAUUGUUGAGAUAGACAAUAUGGAGCUAAAUGAACUCAGAAAAAGGCUUGCAGAGACUGAGCAACAAUAUGAUUCAGUGCAGCAGGCUCUCUCACAGCUGACAGAAACACUGUCAGAGGAGAAGAGGAGAAGAGAAGCUGCAGAAGAGGCUCUUGGACUCUUUGAAGAGCAAAGUAACAGAUUUGAAGUAAGUGGUUACAGGUCUGUACCUACAGAAUACACUGUUCAGAUGGAAUCUGAGGAGGAAAGGGAAGCCUUAAUUAUCAAUCCUAGUGAACAUGUUAUUGUGCGAAAGAUGAAAGGAGGAGCCCUUUCCUUCAGAAGAUGGCUUCGAGGGCGAAGUCUUUACUGUUCUAAGCUGCUGACCUCCAGAGCAAAAUCACGCUAUUUAUUCCUUACAUACUUAGUCACACUACAUAUUAUUGUUUUAUUGUGCCUCACUGGCAUUCUCUGAAUAUACUGCAUUUUCUGGGUAAAUUAUUUUCCUAUAGGUAAUGGUGUGCCAAUUCAAGAUACUAGAGUUUUCACAUGCUGCUGUUAAGCUAUGCACUGGACACAGCUGUAUAUAUUCUUGUUAUACUCUGUGAGUCUUGGGCUUCUUAUAAGAAAUUUGUGUAUAUCACAGUUGCUCCAAAGUUGACUUGAAUUGCUCUUUAACAGUGGAAUAUUAUAUUUGCUAAGAAGAAAAUAUUCCCCUCUGUUUGCCCUAUAAAGGAACUGCUGCAUACAAGUUAUUUAAUAUUGUCUGUGAGUACAUAAUGAUUGGUUACUACUGAUUGGGUUGUAAAUGGUAUCUUUUCUACAUAAAAUUUAUUUUAAGAGUUAAACUAUAAAUUUUAAAUGAAUAUUCAACUAUUACUGUUUAUUGGCUUCUUGAUUAUAACAAGAAGUUUUACAGAGUGCAAUAAAGGAAGAACAACUGGAUUUUUGAUGGAUUUUCUUUUGACUGAAAAUAAAAAGUUUAAGAAGUCA